AAAUACAAAAUCUUAAGUCAUUUAACACAAUACAAUCAAAUUAAGUUCACUUCUAUAUAAUUAGAUAUAUUAUUUUUUCUAGGGACUAUACAAAACAAAAAAGAAACAUAUUUUAAAUGGCUCGUUUGGUGUUCACAGAGAAAGACGAAAAUGCCUAUGACCCAAAGAAGUACAAGGUAGUGCAUAAGAAUCAUUGGAGACAAGUCAGUCUUUUGCUACAGCCCUCGCAUAGGAAAUGGUGGGAAGAUCCCGAUGUCAUUGUUGCUUUCAAUUUGCCGCGCAUUAGCGCUCGUCUGGAGCGUCUAAUGGGCACCAAUGUGGUCAAAUUAACGGACAGAGCCUACAUGGGAGAGUUGCGUCAACGUAUUAAGGAGGAUUACUGCAAUCAGCUGCAGUCCCGAAUCAAGGCCCGCGAGAUGAAAGAAGUGGAAAGAGAACGCAUGUUGAUUAUUGAGGGGAAAACAGAUGUUAUACCCGAUGAACUAGCCGAUGAUCCCAUAUUUAUGGUCAACAAAGAUGCCAAUAUGGAGAUACAGAAAGAGCGCUCCAAGCUCAAGACUAGCCGUGAGAAGAAUGCAGAGCGGCUCAAGCAGCAGGGUGUCAAAUGGGAGCGGGAACGUCUUCAAUAUGCCGCCAAGGAAGCUGAACUUUUGGCCAAGAAAAAGGAACGUAAGCGGCAACAGAAAUUGCUUGUGGAGCAAUACAGAUUGGAGGAUGCCGAAAGGGGAAUGGAUCUAUUGCGCAUCGAGAACGAAGACUGGCGUGACUGUGAACAGAGCCUUCAGCAGUUCCUUGAGCAUGAGCGUGCCAAAAUGAAGGAGCGCUCCUUGCGUACACCUAAGCCUUUCUCAUCGGAUCCAAUGGAUAUACAGAACAUAGUCCGAGCCAGACAAAAAUUCCGAGAAACGGAACUAAGAAUUCGCAAUCAAUUGGACGAUAAAUCUAAAGAUACAAAGGUACACAAAUCCUCUAUAGUGGCCUCUCAACUAUCUGAGCUAAUGGAGGAAAUGGAUGCCGAAGCUGAUAUGCUGGCAACAAGUAUGGAUCUGCAACACGAGCCAUCGGUGUCCACAGCCGAAUAUCCGGGUGUGUUGCAAUCUAAAUACAUGGACGAUGCCACCGAUAUAUCCGAUGACACAAUACCCAGCGAAGAUGCCAUCAGUCUUACCUUGGCCAAGCAACAAUACGCCGAGGAGCUGGAGGCUGAAAUGGAAGAUGAAUUCAAUCGAGGCCUAUUAAUCUCUAAAGAGCAAUACGAUCAAUUGCGUUUCGAAGACGAGAAAAUUGUGGCUCUUAGGAAUGCCAAGGACAUAUGUGAACUAUAUCAACUGGCCGAGGAGAUAAUUAUGGGUGAAAUACUAGAUGAAGUUCCCGAAGAAGGUGAAGAAGAAGCUGGUGAAGAACAGGAAUUGGACAUUGUUAGCUCUGAGGUUCAACCUCAGGCUCAGACUCCGGCUUAAGCGGCAAUCGGUUUUGAGGGAUUUAAUUUUUUAAUUUUACAUUUGCAUUUCAAGGGUUUUUGUUUUUGCUCCUUUACAUUUACUUUUCUCACAUAUUGUGUGCAAAUUUCGAGUCAUAAAUUAGAGAUUAGAUGAGAGAUUUUUGGGGGAAAAAAAAAACAAGCUGUCAAAUCACGUCAAUGAAAUGUCUAAUUAAGAAUGUAACCACCACCUGGAGAUAAUGUAAUCAGUAUAAACAAAUAUAUGAAAAAUCCACAAAGUA